AUGGAGAAAGAGCUGAUAGAUGUCUUGAAGAAUAUGCAGCUAACGGAAGAAGAAGAGUUGCAGAUCUCAGUUUCGGAAGAAGGCAGAGCACAGGUAAUAGAGGAGUGUUCUCAGAGUUUGAUGGGAAAGCUGUUGACGGACAGAAAGCAAAACCUUCGUGCUCUGAAGAAUACUCUAAGGAAUGUUUGGAAGAUUGGCCAGGAUUUAAGGAUUGUGGAAGUUGGAAGUGAUAUCCUUCAAUUCAAGUUUGCCAAUGAAUAUCAGCUAAGGUGGGUUGAAACAAACGGGCCAUGGAACUUUGAAAAUAACCUUCUAUUGCUCAAAAGAUGGGAGAGGGGAAUGACGGCAAGUAAUAUCUCUUUUACCCAUUCUCCUUUUUGGGUACAAAUUUGGGGUUUGCCUUUUGAUAUGAUGACAGAGAAGAUAGGAAAGGAGAUAGGCAGUAAUUUGGGGAUUUUUAUGUCAGUAGAUACAAGAUCAUGGAUGGCAGAGCAAGCCAAGUUCAUGAGAGUGAAGGUGAAUCUUCCGCUGGAAAAACCCCUAAGAAGAUGUGGAAAGGUUGCUAGUCCAGAGGGGGAAAGCUUUUGCAUUCAAUUUCGGUAUGAAAGGCUGCCGGUUUUCUGCUUUAGAUGUGGAGUAAUGGGGCAUGAUGAGCGACAUUGCAAGAGAAGUGACCAACAAAAUCAAGCUCUGCAAUAUGGUGAAUGGUUAAGGGCUCAAGGUGCAGGAAAAGCAAAAUCGGCAAAAGAAGAACAAAGAAGGAGUCCUCUAAACCAGCAAGCUAAUGACACGGCAAUGCAAGAAAGGAUGCAGUCUGGGGCGGAAGACGGGGGCUACUCCUAUUCCCGUGGCGGUGCACAAUCCGGGGACAACCUUGGAAAUGCAAAAAGAGGAAGUACUGUUUCAAUGACGUCAGAGGAAGGUGAGCACGCCACGCAAGAGGUAUGUCAAUCUCAAUUUCAAAUUCAAAAUAGUAGACAUGAUGAGAUAGAAGCAAGGAAAAAAAAGGAAUAUAUCUACGGUGAAGAGGGAAAAGAAAUUAACCAAAAUAUGGGGCCGGCCCAAACCUUUAUGUCAACAGUAGAAUGUGAAAAUGGGGUAAGUGGGAUAACCCACAUGGGCCGGGUAGAAGGAAAAAAUAUAGAGUUUCAGGAAGUUAAUAGCCCAGUUAAAAUGGAUAUUGGGCUUACUCUAGAAAAGGAAAAUAGGGAUGUGGAAAAUAAAACACAGAAAAAAAAGGGGAAACUAAAGAAGCUGGCCCGUGGUCAGAACAAAGAGUUUGAAGUGGGAAGGGAGGAAGCUAGUAAUAUAGUAGGAGUAAAGAGAACUCUCUGGGCAGAUGAGGAAAUGGUUGAUGGAGGAAGGCAGAAAAAGUUCUGUGGCACACCGCCGGGAGCCAUGAAUGCCUUAAGCUGGAACUGCCGGGGGCUGGGGAACCCCCGGUCAGUUCGAGCGUUGCGCGAUAUGGUGCAACGAUGGUGCCCCAAGUUGGUUUUUUUGAUGGAGACAAAAGCUGGAAUAAGUAGAAUGAGAAGAAUAAUGGUGAGGACUGGUUUAUUAAAUGGAGUAAUUGUGCCUAGCAAAGGAAGAAGUGGUGGAAUAGCCAUGUUAUGGGAAAGGGAACUAUCUGUGGAGCUUAGAAGUUAUACUAGGUAUCAUAUAGAUGCAGUAGUGACUGACCCUACAUCUGGUUUCAAAUGGAGAAUCACAGGGUUCUAUGGAAAUCCGGAUACAAAUAGAAGGAAGGAGUCUUGGGAGUUACUACAUUUUCUAAAUGCGCAAUUUCAGAUGCCAUGGGUUUGUUUGGGGGAUUUUAACGAAAUUUUAUCAAAUGUUGAGAAAUGGGGAGGUCCAGAGAGACCCCAACAGCAGAUGGAGGGUUUUAGAAGAGUAGUAAAUGCUUGUGGUUUUGUAGACCUUGGAUAUGAGGGCCCAGAGUUCACUUGGUGUAACCAAAGGUCUGCUGGGGAAAGAAUUCGGCUAAGACUUGAUAGGGUGCUGGCUACAAUAGAUUGGAAAGAGCAUUACAAAGAUGCUAGGGUCCUCCAUGUAGUGGAUUCAACCUCAGAUCACUGUGCUUUGGUUUUAACUAACCAAAGAAAUAUCCAAGGAAGGGGAAUGAGAAGAUUCCAAUUUGAGGCAGCUUGGAUUAGACAUGAUAGAUGCAAGGAGAUAAUUCAAGAUGCCUGGAAGCUUCAUUCAGGCUUUCAAACAGCAAGUGAUUUUGCUGAGGGUCUGAGAGUGUGUGCUGAGGGCUUAACAAGAUGGAACAAUUCAGACCUUAGGCAUGAUGCUAGAAUGAUAAAAGAGAAGAGAAAGAAGCUGCAAGAUUUAAUCCAGAAUGACAGGGAUGGAAGUAGAGGAGAAGAAAUUAAUGCAGUAAGGAAGGAAAUAAAUGAUAUGUUAGAUGAUGAAGAAGUCAAGUGGAGUCAAAGAUCCAGAAUCCAAUGGCUGGCCCUUGGUGAUAGAAACACAAAAUAUUUCCACUACAAAGCUUCUCAGAGACGGAAGAAGAAUGAAAUCCGGGGCUUGCUGAAUGAAGAAGGGAAGUGGUGCGAAGAGAAAAUAGACAUAGCAAACAUUGCUGUGAGUUACUUCAAAGAGCUGUAUUCUACUUCAUUCCCAACCAGAGCAAUGGAAGUAGCAGAUUUGAUACCGAGAAGAGUGACCAGGGAGAUGAAUGAAGAAUUAACAAAAGAAUUCCAGAAGGAGGAGGUUCUUCAAGCUAUCCGACAAAUGCACCCAACAAAAGCACCGGGUCCGGACGGUAUGUCUGCUAUCUUUUAUCAAAAGUAUUGGGAUGUAAUUGGGGAUGAUGUGAUAAAAACUAUUCUUAAUAUUCUUAAUUUCAAUGCCCCUAUAGCUGAGCUUAACAAGACAAAUAUAGCUCUUAUCCCUAAAAUAAAUAAUCCAACAAAGAUAGGGGAAUUCCGACCAAUUAGCCUUUGUAAUGUUUCAUAUAAAAUUGUGUCAAAGAUUCUUGCAAAUAGGCUGAAACCAUUCCUCCCCUCAAUCAUCUCCGAAAGCCAAAGUGCUUUUGUCCCCGGUAGGCUAAUUACUGAUAACGUCCUGGUUGCUUUUGAAAUAAUGCAUUAUCUAAAGAAAAGAAAGGAUGGGAAAGAGGGGUAUAUGGCUAUUAAAUUAGAUAUGAGUAAAGCCUAUGACAGAGUAGAAUGGUGUUUUCUUGAAAAAAUUAUGUCGAAAAUGGGCUUUGAUAAUAAAUGGGUUAAUUUGAUUAUGAGCUGUAUUACCUCUGUUUCUUUUUCUAUUCUUAUAAAUGGUGAGGCUCAUGGUUGUAUUACCCCUACAAGGGGGCUACGCCAGGGUGACCCCUUAUCUCCCUACAUGUUUCUGUUAUGUACAGAAGGACUAACGGCUUUGAUUGUGGAGGCAGAAAAGAGAAGGCAGAUUUCUGGCAUAUCUAUAUGCAGGGGCAGCCCAAAAAUUACACACCUCUUAUUUGCCGAUGAUAGUGUGGUCUAUUGCAAGGCAUCGGAGCAAGAAUGCAGAGAGCUAUGCACAAUUCUGCAUAAAUACGAGGAAGCAGCAGGCCAAAAAGUAAAUACAGAAAAGUCAUCGGUAUUCUUUAGUAAAAAUACUAAGGAAGAAACAAGAGAAGGGGUGAAGAAUGUGCUGGGGUCAAUGCAGAAUGUACAGCCAGGAAAAUACUUGGGCCUACCUUCGAUGAUUGGGAGAUCAAAGAAACAAAUUUUCAAUGAAGUCAGGGAGAGAGUGGGGAAAAAGAUGACCGGUUGGAAGGAGAAAUUGCUAUCGAUUGGAGGAAGAGAAAUCCUUAUUAAAGCGGUUGCUCAGGCUGUCCCCACGUACACAAUGGGGUGUUUUUUACUUCCCAAAGGUCUUUGUGAAGACAUUGAGGGGAUGAUGAGGAACUUUUGGUGGGGGCAGAAGAACCAAGAAGCAAAAAUGGCGUGGGUUAGUUGGUCAAGAAUGUGUAGUUCAAAGUCAGAAGGGGGAAUGGGGUUCCGGGAUCUUUAUGCAUUCAAUUUGGCUAUGCUGGCAAAGCAGGGAUGGAGGAUGUUGGAAAAUCCCUCAUCGCUUAUGGCGCGCAUGUAUAAAGCAAGGUACUUCCCCAAUGGGGAUGUUUUAAAUGCAAGCAUAGGCAGCAACCCAUCUUAUGCUUGGAGAAGCAUUCAUAAGAGCAUAGAGAUUUUGCAAAAAGGAACAAGAUGGAGAGUUGGAGAUGGGAAGACAAUCCAUAUAUGGGAUGAUAGGUGGUUACCAACCCCAACGACUUAUAAAGCCAUUUCCCCAAGGAAAGAUUUUGGAGACUUCCCCAUGGUAUCAGCCUUGAUUGAUCAAGACACUAGAAGUUGGAGAAAGGACAUCCUUGAUAGAGUCUUUCUUGGUUUUGAAGUGGAGAAAAUCCUAAGUAUCCCAAUCCCUCACUGCCCACAAGAGGAUCAACUAAUAUGGGUGGGAAAUAAAAAAGGAGUCUUCACGGUGAAAAGUGCCUAUUUUUUAGCUAAGGAAAUUGUAGAUAUGCAUGAAAGAGGUGAAUCCUCAGUGGGAGAUGUAUGUGCCCCACUUUGGAAAAAGUUGUGGCACUUAAACAUUCCGGCAAAAGUGAGAGUCUUUGCUUGGAGACUUUGCAUGAAGGCCAUCCCAUCUAUGUUAAAUAUGAGGAAUAGAGGAAUUCAAGUGGAUCCUACCUGCCCUGUUUGUUGUGGGGAACCUGAGUCAACUGAGCAUGCAAUCAUCUAUUGUGCUGCUGCUAAAAGAGUGUGGAGCAAAUGGGAAGAAUGCCCAAUCUGCUUGAAAGAUGCCAACAUGGAGAUUGUGGACUUGGCCUUAUGUUUACUAGAAAAAGGAACACAGAGGGAUUUGGAGAUCUUUUUUGGUGUUGCUUGGAUGAUUUGGUAUAAUAGAAACCAAAUUGUUCAUGAAGGAAAUGGUGUGUCGGAGGAGCACAUUUGGGAGACAGCAAACCAAAUGAUAAAGGAGUUCAAAGGAAUAAAGGGCUGGGAGUUAAAUAGUCCUCAGAGAAGUGAGAAAGUAUGGACUCCGCCUCCUGUGGGUUUCUUCAAAAUAAAUGUAGAUGGGGCUGUUCCCUCUGUUGAUGGCCAUUCUGGAGUGGGUAUUGUAAUUAGAGAUUGGGAAAGAAAGGUGGUAGCAGCAAAAAGCCUUCCUCUAUCGGGUCGAACAGCUGUGGGGGAAACAGAAGCAAUUGCUAUGGAGCAAGGUAUGAUCUUAGCAAAAAACUUGGGGUUGGGAAGGACCAUUUUUGAAGGGGACUCAUUGCAGACAAUUCAAGCUAUUGAGUUUAAGGAUGUAAGAAGUGUGACUGGCCACAUUGUGAAAAGCUGUCUGCAAAUCCUUCCAAGCUUCCAGGAGGCAAGAAUCAGACAUAUUAGUAGGGAGGGCAACAAAAUAGCCCACGAGCUUGCACAGAUUGCAAAAUUUUCUGCUGAGGAACAGGUCUGGAUUUCAAAUUUUCCAGACUGGAUUGAAGACAUGGCGAGAGCUGAAGGAAUGAUGUAAUUUUGCCUGUGUACUGUGGUCUAUGUUGUUGCUGUUUCUUUGUUUUCUGUUAUGCUCUGUUUCCUUGUAGCUUGUGCUCUGUUUUCUUCAGUGUAUAUUUUCUUUGUUUUAUGAAUGAAAGUAUUCAGUUUGAUCUCAA